GGACGAAAGACCAAAGACCAAGGACCAAGGACAACAAGUUGCUGACACACAAACGGCAGAAAAAAAGAGGAAAUUAUUCGGAUUUGACAGAUGAGCGAAGGCGAUUGUGGGCGAUUCAGUAGGGCAAUUUUUAAAGAUCUCUCUUUUAGUCUGGAAAAAGAGACAGUGAAGCCAUGUUGCGUUUCGGAAUACUCUGCUGCCUUUUCGUUUUACAUUUUCCAGCUGUGCAAAAUAAAGGCGAGGUGUGUACACUCCAAUCAAUUUGCAAUAAUAUUGCAGACGUAAAGUCAGAGGUUGCAGCCGUGCGGGAAAUUUUGGAAGACUUGGACCGAAAAUUCGACCAGUUGGAGCUGAAAAAAUACCCAGAGAGCUGCGCUGAGUCAACGGAGACUAAGCUGCUGAUCCGUUUGCCCGGGUACAGUGAGGCCCCUUUUUUGGUGACCUGCGAUCAGAAUAACUACGGUGGAGGUUGGACUGUAUUGAUGCGACGAACCGAUGGAAGCGAGGAGUUUUACCGCGACUGGAAGGACUACAAGAAGGGAUUUGGCCAGUUGGACAACGAAUUCUUCCUGGGGCUAGAGAAGUUUCAUGCGCUGACCUAUUCCGCGACCCAAGAAUUGAUGGUUGUCCUGGAGGACUACGACGGAAAUGUACGCUAUCAGCACUACGAAAGCUUCAUGAUCGGCCCAGAGUCCAACAACUUCACCCUAGAAACGAUGGGUUCUAAUGAUGGUGACGCAGGAGACUCGUUCGUCCGUCAUGUGGGCAUGCAGUUUAGUACUAAGGAUCGCGAUAACGACAUAGACAAAAAUAAGAGUUGUGCUGUAUUUUUUAGAGGUGCUUGGUGGUACUAUCGUUGCCAUUUGAGUGCCUUGACUGGUGUGUAUGGCGAUAGUUCCUAUGGACAAGGCGUGUUUUGGCAUUCGUGGCGUGGAUAUUAUUACUCUUACAAACGAGCCGUAAUGAUGAUUAGGCCGACGGCUUAUUCUUCAAAGUAAACUUAUUGAACUUAUUUUGUGUGUCAUGCUGAAAAAUAAAAAAAUUAAUUUCCACAUAGUCAAUGGACAUUUAGGUCAUACA